AUAUAUAUACCUCUCCGCUCCUCUCUCCUCUCAGCUUGACGUUCCCUUCUCCGAGAGAACACCAAGCUUCCCUCCUCUCUCUCCUUCCUUUUCUCUUUUCAUUUCUCCUUCGACAUGCAGUCUCUCUCCUCUCACCCUUCCCAUUCUCUCAACUACCUCUCCCAUACCCGCACCUCCGCUUAUCGGGCUGCUCCGACCCGCUUCUCCGUCAACUGCGCUUAUGGCUUCGAUUCCGGCGGAUUGUGUUCCGGUUUCGCCUCCCGGGCUGACUGGCAGAGUUCCUGCGCCAUCUUAGCUAGUAAGGUCGUCUCUCAGGAGCAGUCCUCCACCGAUGCCAACGGUGGCACUGCCGACCACGUCGCCGCCAUCAACGGCCAUAAGGCCGCCGUAACGGAUCUCAACCUUGUCCACAUCGGUAAUUUAGAAGGUAGCGACGCUAAUAAGCCGCUCCCGCCAAAGCCGCUCACUAUUUCGGAUCUCUCCCCCGCUCCGAUGCAUGGCUCGCAGCUCCGCGUGGCUUACCAGGGCGUUCCCGGAGCAUACUCCGAAGCGGCUGCCGGCAAGGCCUAUCCGAACUGUGAAGCCAUUCCUUGUGACCAGUUUGAGGUGGCCUUCCAGGCUGUGCAGCUCUGGAUCGCCGAUCGAGCGGUUCUCCCUGUGGAAAACUCCCUUGGCGGCUCGAUCCACCGGAACUACGACCUCCUCCUCCGCCACCAGCUCCAUAUCGUCGGGGAGGUCCAGCUUCCCGUGCACCACUGCCUUCUCGCGCUCCCGGGUGUUCGGAAAGAAUAUCUAACCCGCGUCAUCUCGCACCCGCAAGCCCUCGCCCAGUGCGAGCACUCGCUAACCAAAUUCGGCCUCAACGUGGCACGUGAGGCCGUGGACGACACCGCCGGUGCGGCGGAAUUCAUCGCAACCAACAACCUACGCGACACGGCGGCAAUUGCUAGCGCACGCGCGGCGGAGCUGUACGGAUUGCAGGUCUUGGCAGAUGGGAUCCAGGACGACCCGAGUAACGUGACCCGAUUCGUGAUGCUGGCCCGGGAACCCAUAAUUCCGCGCACGGACCGGCCCUUCAAGACAAGCAUAGUCUUCGCUCACGAUAAGGGGACGUCGGUACUGUUCAAGGUUCUAUCGGCCUUCGCUUUCAGGAACAUUAGCUUGACGAAGAUCGAGUCAAGACCUCACCGGAGCCGCCCGAUUAGGGUGGUGGACGAUGCGAAUGUGGGGACGGCGAAGCACUUCGAGUAUAUGUUCUACGUUGAUUUCGAAGCUUCCAUGGCAGAGGUCAGGGCGCAGAAUGCCUUGGCAGAGGUUCAGGAAUUCACUUCCUUCCUGAGGGUGUUGGGGAGCUAUCCCAUGGACAUGACUCCAUGGAGCCCCUCUUCUUCCUCUUGUCCCAGGGGAGAUUAGCAACAUCUCUCUGCACGCCACAAAUUCCCCAGAAAUUAAAGAAUAUAAAAAUAUUUCAUAUAUCUCGCAAUCUGUGAAAGAUUAAAACAAAGGGGAGAUUAUUUCGACUCUCUUCCACAUAUUUCAAUUUGUUACCCCGUACAUGUUUCUUGGAUUCACUUAAUUAAUUUAAUCAUGAAGAAAAUUGCGAAAUUCAAGUUUAGCGACCUUGAAAGGGAUCAAAAUUAAGGAGUGGGGGAUAUGCCAAAAGGUUGGGUUGGUGAGGAUUAAAAACACUUGCCUUGUACAUAGAAAGAGAGAGCGUGAGGUGGUAGAUUUUGGUCAAAAUGUGGUAGGUGGCCACCAUGCUGACAAUUCAGGGGAAGGAAACGGCCCCGUUAAGUGUAUCUUGGUAUGUGUGAGAAUAUUUUAUGUUUGAGGAUCAAAAAAGUGUACAUGAGAGUGGAUCAGUAGAUAGAGUCGGUUACUUUAUUCUUGGUAUUUUUAUUCUUCUACUCAAUCAUGUAUUUUCCGACCAAAGCGUGUGUACAUACAUGAUACUGAGUUAUAUGUUUGUUUUUAAAUUAAAGUUUCAUUUAGUUCUUCUCUCCUUUUAA